CUUUCCAGCAAGCAAAACUUUGAGCAAGGAUAUUUCUCCCAAAAUCCCUGGAUUGGUACUGAGAGACUCCAAGUUUCUGAACCUCUAUCCAAAAAGGUGACCCAACGACCAUUUGCCAAGUUUUAUGCUGGACAUGCCAUCCACUACAGGACAGCCUUUGGAAGCCAACCAGCAGUGGUAAAUUCCUGUGCGCAGUUCGGUAUGGACAAACGGAAUCUCCUUCUACUUUCGACGUUUGUCGGAGUUGCAUUUCUCAUUACAAACUUUCUUCUCAUCUCUGGGUCGGACCUGCGAACCACAAUCCAGAGCAUAGCUCUACGUCCUAUCACUCCAAGCAGAUGGCCAGGGCAAAGCAGUGCUCAUGGGUAUGAGACUGUUGAGUGGCACCAGGAUAAAGAAUAUUUCGAGCACCACGCAGGAGUCCAGGACAAUCACCCAAUAUCCACUCUUAUGAGAGAUGCCAAUGAAGCUUGGAGACUAUACGACAGUAGACGAUCGAAAACUUUCAGAGAGACCGUAAAAAGCUAUCGGAAAAGCUAUAAAAGGAAUCCUCCUCCUGGAUUCAAGGAAUGGUACAAGUUCGCCCGCGAACGAGGAGUCCAUAACAUCGACGACUUCGGGCAGAUAAUGGAUGAUUUGAGACCGUUCUGGGGAGUCGAACCGGCAAUGCUACGAAAAGCCGCUGGAAUAAUGCACGAAGAUCCAAGGAACGGAAUAUCAGGACUGCACAUACGAGAACACAAGAUCUGGAAAUUGACAAACGCAAACUGGCGAGUAGAGACGUUUGCAAAAAUUGUGAAGCAAUUCGUGGAAUUCCUGCCAGAUAUGGAUAUUUCAAUAAAUCGACUCGACCAGCCACGGGUGGUAGUUCCAUGGGACAACAUGCAAGAACUGUUAUCACUUGAAGCUGCGAGUAGGCAAAUUUUCCCAGAAGCUACAUCUCAAUGGUCCAAGAAUAUGACAGGAUUUCUCAAGGAAAACGAAACUUCCAAUAUGCAAGUGGAUCCGAAAUUCUUUGAUGCUGCUGGGAAGAGUUUCAUACCAGUCAUUAGAGAAGCCUGCCCACCGGAUUCUCGAGCGAGGAACCAGACUGUGAGUCUCGGAGAAGCAGGGUACCGGGACAACUAUGGCUUCGUGACUAACUUCAAUCGUUCUUCUGAUCUUUGUGUUGUUGGUCCCGAUAUUCAACACAAACAUGGACUUUUGUUUGCUCCGAGUUCAAUGAUGGUCAGCAAGCAACUUCUUCCUAUUUUCGGAGAGUGCAAAGUCAAUAUCAACAGCGACAUCUUGUUCCCCGCAAAUAUGUAUUACAUGGACGAUGAAAGAUACCUGUAUGACCCUAAGUUCGACUAUGAUUGGGAUGACAAGAAAGACACCCUGAUGUGGAGAGGAGUAACUUCUGGUGGUACGAACACUGCCGAAAAUUGGCAGAGUAUGCAUCGCCAGCGUCUUGUUCUCUUCACCAACGGCACCUAUAUGGCCAAUAAGGAAGCACGGGUUCUUAGCGAAGAUCCUGAUCUCAAAGGCGCUUACCAUAUGUUCAACCACUUCAAUAUAAGCGACUUUUCCGCAAGACAUACGGAUGUUGGAUUUACAGGUGCUAUCGCAUGUAUACCAGAUUGCACAUUUUACGACACUCUAAUUUCCUUCAAAAACGUCACGACAUUAGCGGAACAAUUCUUGUCAAAGUUUCUCAUUGAUGUCGAUGGGCACUCCUUUUCCGGUAGAUGGCAUGCCUUCCUGAAAAGCAAAAGUCUGGGAAUCAAGAGUACAAUUUUCAGGGAAUGGCACGACUCGAGACUUUUCGCUUGGAGACACUUUGUCCCUCUUGAUAAUGGAUACGAGGAGUUAUACAGCAUCUUAGCUUAUUUCAUUGGCAUUGGAUCUGUAUCUGAAGCUCUCCAAGACGGGCACCUAUACGUUCCUAGGCAUGACUUUGAGGCUCGUAAGCUUGGGCGUCAAGGACGACAAUGGGCAGAAAAGGUUUUGAGACGAGAGGAUAUUGAGAUCUAUACUUUUCGUCUACUAAUCGAGUACGCCCGAGUCAUCGAUGACAAUAGACAUGCGCUAGGGUACUCGGGUGAUGGCAGUGAAUUGGAUAAAUUUGACACGAAGCACCCCUUUACUUGAAUAUUGCUCAGGAAUCCUUACUCGCAGAUUGAGGCACGGGUGUGGGGAAUACUUCAGUCAAUAUAUGUGGUAUUGGGGGCGACCAAAAAUGGUUCUUUGUCUAUCAAGGAAUACACACAAUGCCUGUACUUGUCUUAAACUUGCAUAACAUACUGCGCCAAAAACAAUUUCUGGAGAUUGGGGUCAUUCAGGCUCUCCCUUGCCGGUACUACCCCUAGAGUCUUUGAUUGUCAGAAAAACAUAGCAUAAUUUGCUACAUGGUCAUUCCAAUGUCAGA